AUGGCUUCCCCUGUCGUCCUCAUCAUUGGUGCUGGCUCCAACGUCGGAGUCAGCGUAGCCAAAGCCUUUCUAGCAAAAGGACACAAAGUUGCUCUCGCUUCACGAUCUCAAAACCCCGAGACUUCGACGGAAACCGAGCUGCACAUUCCCACAGAAUGCAAUGACCCUAGCUCUGUAGUAAAUGCUUUUGCCAAAACUAAGAGUGAAUUUGGAAUUCCUACCGUCGUUGUUUACAACACCUCUGCUAGUCAAUUCAACGACGCGGAUGACAUCUUUCAGGUCCCGUUGGAAACUUUCCAGAGCCACGCCGUUGUCAACAUUGUCAGCGUCUACGCAGCAGCCCAAGAAGCUGUGAAAGGCUGGGCCGACCUUCCUGCUUCAAGCAAGCCCACAUUCAUCCUCACCGGCAACUGCGCAAAUGUCACACCUCUUCAAAUCAUCAUGACAUUGAGUGUCGGCAAGACGGCUUCGGCGCAUUUGAUUGAGAUAGCUUCCAAAAGCUACAAGAACAAGGGUUAUAGGUUUUACUACGCUGAUGAGAGGCUCGAAGAUGGUGCACCUAUGUGGAAUGGCGUAUCGGCAGAAGGACACGCUCAGUUCUACCUUGAGCUGGCUGAGGAUGAACCGCGAGAGUGGUAUCAGACGUUUGUCUCGGGUCUUGGAUAUAGAAAGCUACCUGCACCUAAGGCUGAAAGACCGACCUAG